AUGGUACAUAACCUUGUCAUUAACUGCACUUUCAACUGCCCUGAAAUUAAGAUUAUUGGCCCUAUUAAAGAGCAGACAAUCGACAAGCUGAAUGAAGUAAUUCCCAAUUCAACAACAUCAUCCCGAAGCACAAGAGUUGCACCACCGAGGUUUCAGUAUCUUUCGAACCCAAAUCAUUGGUACAUAAAACUUGACCGACAAUUUUGCGACGAUGAGGCGAUGUCCUAUCUUAUGGUUCUUUUGUUGGAUGCUCUUGAAGAGGAGGGCGUUUGGAAACUCGUUUCUUCAGUUGCCUUGAAGCAAUCUAUCGGAUCUGGUCCAAAAGAUUACACUGAAACACAUGUGCUGUUUCUUAACAAAUUUUCCGGCGAUGAACUUUAG